UUGCAAGAUGCGAUACUUCAUAAUCGCUCCACUGAUCAUUGCUGCUGCCACUUGGCUCACCCUAAUCGGAGUCGUUAAUUCCGAGUGUUGCAACACCAAGGCAACUCUUAAUUACCAAAUCAUUAACGUGGGCUGCGGAGCUGUUGGUGGCAGACAAGACAAUAAAUCCUGUACGAUCACCAUUUGCGCCAACGGAGAGGUGAUGAUGGGUAGUCAUUGCGGCAAUGGAACCUGCAAUUCAGACGGAUGUGAUUGCGUCGACGGUUGCCUUCGAGGACGUUGGGCCAAGGACUUUCUUGCUAAAAACAAUGAAUAUUACAUUUCAGUAAGGGACACGUUCUGGCACUACGAACCUAAAUAGUCCUGGGACUAAGUGAUAUUUCGAUGGAUUUUACCCGCAAAUUUGAUCAGUUUUGUAAAAAGAAACCAUAAGUAAAUUUAAAUAAAAUAAAUGUGGAAAAUGUG